AUGGCUCAGUUCCUGCUUUCGUCCGAGGUGCUCACACAGAUCACGUGGCCCAGAUUGCAAGCAAGCACUAGACAUUACUCAUUCCCCUCGCAGAGCGUGUGCAUGAUCGCCAUCAAUCCAAGCAGACCUGUGAAUGCUUUGUGUUGUAGGUGUGUGUGCGUGUACGGUGCUCCGUGGGCCAGUAUGCAGCGUGUGUGUCUGAGAAGGUGGGCAUCGGGCUCUGCUGUUGUGUUCCUCCAGACAUUGGCCUUAUCCUGGACAGGUGCAAUUGAGCCUGCCCCUAAAAUUGAUGGACGGCACAGGGCACUUGUGACACUGCAGGAGAACAUGACACACCGGUUCAACUGCCAAUCAGACGGCUGGGAUCCCCGUGCCCCUCCUUUGCUAACCUGGUACCUGAAUGGGGUGCAGCAGAGAGAGCCGCCACCCCACCGCGGGCGCCUGGUGAUGACAACGCAGGAAGAUUCUGAGGUCAUGAGACCGGGGACCAACCACAACAGCACCUACUCUCUGCGCGCCAGGAAGUGGGACAGGGAGCUGGUGUGUGUCGCAUCAAACCCCCGGACAGGAGAGAGCUACAACGCCACGAUCACACUCAAUGUCCAGUUUCAGCCAGAGAUCCUCAGGGUGAACGCCCACUACAGUGAAACCUCAGACCCCGGCCUGUCCCUGGUCCUGUUCGCCUUGGUACGGUCCAACCCGCCUGCCACCAUCACCUUUGUCGACCAGUCCGGCCAGUUGGUGGCCAACACCUCCGACUUCCUCAUCCUGGACUCGCGAAGCUACCCCUGGUUGACCAAUCACACGCUGAGGGUCAUGCUCAGUAGCCUAUCAGGAAAUGUCACGCUAAACGCCAGCAACAGUGUGGGAACGGUGCAGAGCAACCUCACACUGGCAGAGUUCCUGCAGUCUCGUGUGGAGGUGCCCAUGCUGGGAAUAGUGACCGGAGGGGCGAUGGCCUUCAUGGCCCUCCUCAUCCUCAGUCUGAUUGUUCUCUGCCUCAUGCAAAAAAACAAGAUCAAGUCCUUUGAUGAGCCAGUGGAGAUUCUGAUGACCAAGAAAAGUGACUCUGCUAAUCUGAGGCCAGAGAAAGCUGAUAAGACUCAGAUCCCGAGAGAGAACAUGUCUCUGCCUUCCAACAUGCAGCUCAAUGACCUCAGCACUCUGAGAAAAGCCCGAGAGGUCGCCCAGCAGAACAGUGUGGGAGAGGAGAAAAAAGAGGAAGAGGAGGAGGAAGAUCUGUCUUUAGCCUACGCCGCCAGAGGUUUCGCCAGAUAUCCGAUGGUGGGCUACAUCUAUAAGGUGAACAGCACAAGCAGUGAGGAGAUCUGGCUCUGA